AUGGCGGCAACCGUUAGCGCGUGGGCGAAGCCAGGCGCGUGGGCCUUAGACGUUGAGGAGAACGAGGCGGAGCUCCUCAACCAGCACCGGGAAGAUGCGGCGGCAGCCAUCAACGGCCGCUCGAACACCGGAGGGGCGGCGGAUUUCCCGUCGCUCAGCGCCGCCGCCGCCGCCACCAAGACGAAGAAGAAGAAGAAGCCGCAGACCGUUUCCCUCCAGGAAUUCGUCAAGCCGGAGGCGACCCAGCAGAAGGGCCUGACGCAGGAGGAGCUCCUGGCCCUCCCGACCGGACCCCGCCAGCGCACCGCCGAGGAGCUCGAUCGGAACAAGCUCGGCGGCGGAUUCAGAUCCUACGGCGUCGGAAUCAGGGACGAGCAGCCUCGCCGCCAGGGAGGCUUCAAUCGCGAUGCCGAUCGGGAAUUUGCUCCGUCUAGGGCUGACGAGACCGACAAUUGGGCGACCGGUAAGAAGUCGUCUCCGGCUGGUUUCGGAGAUCGGAGGGAUAGGGGCGAAAGAGGAGGCUUCUUCACGGAUUCUCAAUCACGGGCAGAUGGGGUCGACAAUUGGGCGUCCAAGAAGAGCUUCGUGCCCUCUGAGCCGAGAAGGCUUGAUAAAAGAGGUGGAUUUAGCUUAGAAUCUGGUAACAGCGGCUCUGAAUCGGAUAAUUGGCUGAAAAGGAAGGAAGAGGAAAGGCCAAGGCCCGGGAGCUCUUUCGACAGCCUGAGGGAGAGGAGAGGUGUUUCUGAUGCAGAUUCCGAGAGUUGGGGGAAGAAACGAGAUGAGUCGGGUGUUGGCGGUGGCCGGCCGAAAUUGAAUUUGCAGCCGAGGACAUUGCCGGUGGGGAAAGCCCAGAAAGAAGAAGUGGCCGGCAUGGUGAAGCCGAAGAGUAGCAAUCCUUUUGGCGAGGCCCGGCCGAGAGAGGAAGUGUUGAAGGAAAAAGGCCAGGAUUGGAAGGAGAUUGAGGAGAAGCUCGAGUCUAUGAAGGUGAAGGAGGUGACUUCUGUGGGUCCAAAGGGAAGCUUUUGGAGUAGCAAUCCUUUUGGCGAAGCCCGGCCGAGAGAGGAAGUGUUGAAGGAAAAAGGCCAGGAUUGGAAGGAGAUUGAGGAGAAGCUCGAGUCUAUGAAGGUGAAGGAGGUGACUUCUGUGGGUCCAAAGGGAAGCUUUUGGAGCGGUAAUGGGAGGGAGAGGCUUCAUGUGGAGGAAAAGAAUGCCUGGAGGAAGCCAGAAGCCGAUGGAUCUCGGCCCCAGAGUGCUGGUGGAUCUGAAAAUGGAUCGGCUGUGAACACUGAAAAUGGACAUGCUGAAGAGACUGAGGAGAUACGCACUCAGAUAAGAGGUCGUAAAAGUGAUGGAGAGAUGAGGCUCCACGCCGCCAAGAAAAUGGAGGAGGCGGUCGAGGCCAUCGCCCUCGCCGAGAAAAGCGCGUUUUCGAACUAA